CAAAAUUUCCAGGGAAAAAAUGCGCAUCAACCGGCAGAUUGAAGCAGAUAUCCCUGUUCUUCUAACAGCUGCAUAUGUACUUCAAAGCAUCUAUAAAGGCUCCUUGUCGAGGAACGCGAGCUGGAACUAAUCACCCUCCAGAGAACGCAGUAUCGCAUCCCCCCCUUCCCCAAAUUACCGAAAAUGUCUUCUGACGACGACGACUUUCUCACUCCGCGCGGCCUGCUCGUCGAGGGCAGCUUUGUCUGCGAUGGACCCUCGUUUCAGGACCUCCAGACAGCCGUCAACGCAAGUCUGGAAUUACCAUACACCCAGGAUCGCUUUCAAUACUGGAGCGGGAUAUCCCCGAUGGGGUGGAAUAUCCUCAAUACUUAUUUCAUUCCGCUCGUCGACACCUGCUAUAGUGCUGUGCAGUCCAUCCAGGGGCUUGGGCACGGAUACAGGGAAGUAGGCACGGUCUGUGACCUGAUUUUAAGCACUGCGUCCACAGCGCAGAGUGAUUAUGAUGCGUUGUUCCAAGGCUUGAACGACCUGACCAACGACCCCGACAAUGAAGCGCUGCGGGAGCAAGUCAGAAAGCUCACUGCUGACCGACUGGACGGUGUGACGACUCUGGAGACGAAGACGGACACUACCUUCGGCGAAAUGAAGGACGGCACCGACGGGGUGAAAACGUGCGAGGACCAGCUGAAAACCAUUCUGAGAAACCUCGACGACUCGGAGCUGGAGGAUCUACUUCGCAAGAAUGAUCCGGAAGACGAUUUGGAAGACGAUCUCGCUGCGCUGAAGUAUAUACGAGACAAAGUGGCCGCUAUGGAUAUGGAGGCUCAGUCAGGAGGAGCUUUGCAGAACCUACAACUAGCGUUAGGUUCCGUCCGUGUGGUCAUAACCGACCUCACAGCCAUCCAGAACGCGAUCGAAAACACUAGCGAGCCUGCGAACGAGAUUAUUCUCGGGCAUGAGAAAGCGAAAAUUAUCAGGAAGUGGUCUGAUCUGGCAACAGAAGUCCAAAAAUUCAAGGAUCAUUACCUCUCCUGAGUCUUCCAUCUGUGACGAUAGCAACGAAAUUUGUUGGUUGUAUAGCUGUCUGUUUAAUUGCCUGUGUACGAUGAUUCUCCCCUUUCGCGCUCUUUUUGCAAGUAUUAAAAGUAGCCCUGGAGACUGCAAUUGUCCUCCCAGAAGGUAUCUACGGGUUUAAAUCCCAGAAUGAUCAUGUAUAAACCCGGG